AUGGACAUCAGCUCACCUCCAUCGUUUUCGAAGGUGCUCCCCGUGCGCGAGGUGGCCAUGAUGGCGAUCAUGGACCAACUGACGGACAAGCCCGAGUGGCACCAUGAAGUCUUUGACAGGUCCAUCGUGGACAAGUGGCGGGAGGAGGCGCUGGCCGUCCCGGACAGCGAGUGGAUGAAGAUUGCCGCUGAGCGGCGCGAGGAUGGCCCAGGUGGUGUUAAUGGGUGGGAGAUUGUUGACGCCAAGACUUUCGAUUUGUGCAUAGAGGAGCUGCAAACCAAGGCGCUUUACUAUGAGAAGACGGGCUUGAUCCCGACUCUGGAUGCCUCUGCUGCGGUUGUCAAGUCGGACGUUGCCAUCACAGAGAACCUCCGUGAUGCCCUCAGGAAGGCCUUCGAGAAGCUCAAACGUGAUCAGGCAGACAGCCCAGCGCGGCAUCCCAAUUUGGGACAUAUGGUCCAAGACCUCGUUCACCCAUCCAUGCACCCACUCGUUUAUGGUCAGACCAAGGUGUUCGAAGAUGAAGUUGUCGGUGUCUUUGACGCGAUCGACAAAUGGGCUGGGAAAGGCAACGUCCUCGACGAGGAGCAGCCGCAGCCAGACAGAGAACCGUUUCCCAAUUUUGGACCCAACAGAUACUGGUCUGCGACAUAUCAAUGGCUCCCGUCCAAUGUCAUCUUCCAGGAUGACGGCAGCGUUAAGUUGACGAGCUACAUCAACAAUCUGCACCCGACGAAGUAUCCAGAGAUUUACGUCGCGAUUGAGCAGAUGAUCAAUACAGCGAUUCCUGCGUGGGAUCAGUGUCUGCUGACAUAUCAAGACAACACACUUCAGGGUCCCGGGCUCAGAAAAUCACGCUUCACGCCCCUGCGUGACCUCUUCAGCCGUGAAAGGAGAUCGCUCUGGUCUCCGUCUCACCCGGCCAAGGUAGCCGAUGCAGAACUUGAUCUCAGUACGGUAGGUGACUUGUACGGCUGGGUCAAGGACGAGGCUGAGCGCAAAUGGAUGAUUCUGCGGAAGCCGGUACUUUAUGGGCCGUGUUGGGGCUGUGAUGCUCAUUACGACUCAUACAUCACAAGAGCAGGUGUGGAAAAGACUGAGGGUCGCUUGUUCAGGAAGUUCAAGGCCUCGGGCCUGCAGAUUAUCGUUAAAAUGACCUCGAUCGAGCUUACACCCGACAAGCCUGAGUCUCCGCUGGAAGACUGGCAUGGCUUGAUGAACGAGAAAAUCUGCGCCACCGCUCUGUUUUGUCUGGACAGCGAGAACAUCACCGAAUGCAGUCUUAACUUCCGCAUGCAGAUGUGCGACCAACAGGAUGUUCUUGAGACAUAUAUCGAAGGGGACUAUAUCUACGAGGGCGUUCGACAUUGGUUGGAGUGUGUAUACGGAUUCAAUUCCGCGGACGAAGAGAGCAUCUGCAUUCAAAAUUACGGCCACGUCGAGAUCCGCGAGGGACGCCUGCUUGCCUUUCCAGGCGUCUUCCAACACCGCGUCUCCCCUUUCAAGCUCGUUGACCCGACCAAACCCGGCCACCGACGCUUCAUUGCUCUCUGGCUCGUAGACCCGCACGAGCGCAUCAUCUCGACGGCGAACGUGCCGCCCCAGCAGAGAGACUGGUGGGUCGAGUCUGCAUUUGGCGAGUCUUCGCAGGCGCAGAGGGAAGCGACAAGAAAAAUCCCCUUUGAGCUGCUGCAACUUCUCUACGAGAAUGGCGUCGAGCUGGACUUUAGCGGCAGCUACAUGGCGCCCAAACUGCCGCUGGAGAUACUGGACCUGGUGCGCCAGGACUUUGAACUGGACAUGAUGAGCCCAGAGGAGGCGCUUGAGCACCAGCGCAAGCUCAUGGAAGAGAGAGCAGUGUGGCUCAAGGUAGCGCAGGACGAUUGGAAUUAUCUCACAACCCUCGUUGUGUCGAAUUAA